AUGGUGAAGUUGCUGCCUGCCCAGGAGGCAGCCAAGAUCUACCAUACCAACUAUGUGCGGAACUCGAGGGCCAUAGGUGUGAUGUGGGGCACGCUCACCAUCUGCUUCUCCGUGCUGGUCAUGGCUCUCUUCAUCCAACCCUACUGGAUCGGUGACAGCGUCAACACACCCCAGGCAGGGUACUUCGGCCUUUUCUCCUACUGUGUGGGCAAUGUGCUGUCCUCCGAGCUCAUCUGCAAGGGCGGCCCCUUGGACUUCUCCUCCAUCCCCUCCAGAGCUUUCAAGACCGCCAUGUUCUUUGUGGCCUUGGCCAUGUUCCUCAUCAUUGGCUCCAUCAUCUGCUUCAGCCUGUUCUUCGUCUGCAACACGGCCACCGUCUACAAGAUCUGCGCAUGGAUGCAGCUGGCCGCGGCUACAGGCCUGAUGAUUGGCUGCCUGGUCUACCCAGAUGGUUGGGACUCAAGUGAGGUACGGCGCAUGUGUGGGGAGCAGACGGGCAAGUACACACUGGGUCACUGCACCAUCCGCUGGGCCUUCAUGCUGGCCAUCCUCAGCAUUGGUGACGCCCUCAUUCUCUCCUUCCUGGCCUUCGUACUGGGCUACCGGCAGGACAAGCUCCUACCUGACGACUACAAAGCCGAUGGAAACGGUAACCUGCCCCCAGCCCCGAAUGGUCCUCUGGUUGUGGGGAGGUCCUCUUAG